UCACUCUCUCUCUCUCUCUCUGUGUCUGAUCUCUCACAGUCAAUCUCACCGAAACCGACGGACUACCCGCUUUUCCUCUCCAACAUCCACACAGAAUGCUGACACUACCUUCCUCACACUACUGCAAGUUCCCCACCUCUCGCCGGCAGUCUCUUUUUCCGGUCACCGGCGCUGUAGUUGAUAGAAACUCAAGCUCAAGCUCCCUAGCGUUUCUUCGAAAACUGAAAUGCUCCUCCUCUCUCUCGAGUCCUCCAUCAUUUGUUAACGAAGUGGGAAAUUUCCAAGAAGCAUCGAAGAAUGGGAAUCUGGUUCCACUUCACCGGUGCAUAUUCUCCGACCACCUUACGCCGGUUCUUGCAUACCGUUGUCUGGUUAAGGAAGAUGACUUGGAGGCUCCCAGUUUUCUCUUUGAAGCGGUGGAGCCCAGCAACCGAGUUUCUACAGUUGGCCGUUUCAGUGUCGUUGGAGCCCACCCAAGAAUGGAAAUUGUGGCUAAAGAGAAAAAGGUUACGAUAAUGGAUCAUGAACAAGGGCGUUUUACAGAGGAAAUUGUUGAAGAUCCAAUUUCAAUCCCCAGAAGAAUUUCUGAAACUUGGAAGCCCCAACUUAUCGAUGACCUUCCUGACACAUUUUGUGGUGGCUGGGUUGGUUAUUUUUCAUAUGACACAGUUCGAUAUGUGGAAAAGCGAAAAAUUCCAUUUUCGAAGGCUCCCAAGGAUGAUAGAAAUCUACCAGACAUGCACUUAGGCCUUUAUGAUGAUGUAAUUGUGUUUGAUCAUGUGGAGAAGAAAGUAUAUGUUAUCCACUGGGUAAGACUAGAUUGUUACUCUUCCCUUGAGAGGGCUUAUGAAGGCGGAGUGAAACGUUUAGAAAUAUUACUGGCUAGAGUACAAGCAGCUAUGCCCCCAAGGCUAACAGCAGGUUAUGUGAAUUUAUAUACUCGCCAUUUUGGUCCUUCUUUGAAGAAUUCAAAUAUGACAAGGGAUGAGUAUAAGAAAGCAGUAGUGAAGGUAAAAGAACAUAUUCUCUCAGGGGAUAUUUUCCAGAUUGUAUUAUCUCAGCGUUUUGAAAGACGUACAUUUGCUGUUCCUUUUGAAGUUUAUAGAGCACUGAGAGUAGUAAACCCAAGUCCAUAUAUGACUUACAUGCAAGCUAGAGGAUGUAUACUUGUCGCUUCAAGUCCAGAAAUUCUUACUCGUGUAAAGAAGGGAAAGAUUGUGAAUCGACCACUAGCUGGAACUGCAAAAAGAGGGAAGACAACCAAAGAAGAUGAAGAUUUGGAAAUACAGCUUCUUAAUAAUGAAAAACAAUGUGCAGAGCACAUUAUGCUGGUUGAUUUGGGUCGGAAUGAUGUUGGAAAGGUAUCAAAAUAUGGUUCUGUGCAGGUGGAAAAUUUAAUGAAUGUUGAACGCUAUUCCCAUGUCAUGCAUAUAAGCUCCACGGUUACUGGGAAGUUGCUUGAUUCUCUCACUUGCUGGGAUGCCCUGCGUGCCGCAUUGCCUGUUGGAACUGUCAGUGGGGCACCAAAGGUGAAGGCAAUGGAGCUAAUUGAUGAAUUGGAAGUGACGAGACGUGGCCCCUACAGCGGUGGAUUUGGUGGUGUGUCUUUUACUGGAGAUAUGGACAUUGCUUUGGCUCUCAGGACUAUUGUUUUUCCAACAGGAUCACGUUUUGACACCAUGUACUCAUACAAGGAUGCAAACCAGCGCCGAGAAUGGGUGGCUCACCUUCAAGCUGGUGCUGGAAUAGUGGCUGAUAGUGACCCUGAUGAUGAGCAUAGAGAGUGCCAGAACAAAGCUGCUGGUCUUGCCCGUGCCAUUGACUUGGCAGAGUCCGCAUUUGUUGAUAAAAAAUGUGUUUAGGGACCCAAAAAGGGUGAGCUUUAUGUUUUCUGAAUUUUGAUCUUGUGGGGUUUAAAGUGUUGGUUUUUUAGUAGGGUGGCAAGGAAAGUGAGAAGAUUGUAAGAAUGACAACACAGUUUCUGCUUGACUUUGUUUUUAAUGUGAAAAUAUGGCAGUUCAACUUCA